UCCCACGGACUAGACAGAAUCAUCGCCAUGUCCAAACUGGAUCUCUACAACAUGUCUGGUUCGCCGAGCACUCGGGCCAUCAUUAUGACGGCUAAGGCAUUGGGACUGGAACUGAACUCCAUCAAUGUGAAUACCUUUGUGGGGGAGCAGCUGAAACCAGAGUUUGUGAAGAUCAACCCACAGCACACCAUUCCCACUCUGGUGGACAAUGGAUUCGUCAUCUGGGAGUCGCGUGCCAUCGUGGUCUAUCUGGUGGAGAAGUAUGGAAAACCGGAUUCGGCUCUCUACCCCAAGGAUCCCCAGAAGCGGGCUCUGAUCAACCAAAGACUGUACUUUGAUAUGGGCACCCUUUACGAUGCCUUUGGCAAGUACUUCUUUCCACUUUUACGCACUGGGAAGCCAGGAACUCAGGAGAACUUGGACAAACUCAACACAGCCUUUGGACUGCUCAACACUUUCCUAGAGGAUCAGGAUUACGUAGCCGGAAGUGAGCUUUCCGUGGCUGAUAUCGUCAUUUUGGCCACAGUUUCCACUAUCGAAAUGGUUGAUUUCGAUUUAAAGAAAUUUCCCAAUGUGGAAAGAUGGUACAAAAAUGCUCAGAAGGUGACUCCAGGUUGGGAUGAAAAUCUCCGGAGAAUGCAAGAAGCGAAAAAGUUUCUGGCCGCCAAUAUAAUAGAGAAAUUACCUUAA